UGGAAUCUCGAUCGAUUAUCUCUCAGGGAACAAUCAGUGUAUCAUUUCGGGCAGCCAGACCCUUUUAGAGGAGGCCACUGACCUUGAUGGUUAGUAAUUGCCGUGAGAGUUUUUGAGAUACGGUAAUUCUGUAUCUGCUCGACGGCAAUAAAGAGAAAAUCCUUUGCUUCCUCUAGGUUGAACACUCCGUCACAGAACGAUUACAAAAAAUACAAUACACUGGAGAAAAGAAACGGAAAAAUAACAAUAAAAACUAUACUUAGCUGUAUAAUUUUCUAGUCAAGAGGAUAUUCCUAAAUCUUGGCGAAUGUCCAAAAUCCUCUGAUUCUUCGUACCACAGUUCUCCCAAGGAAGCCGCCGGCGCCGGGCCGCACACUUCGUUUGAAAUCAACCGCAGCACCGCAUCCACCGCAAUCCGUAAUCCGCUUCUCGAAAAAUUAACCCCCACACAUUCAACACUGCUCCUCUCCCCCUGGAUUCAAUCUUUCGCACCUCUGUCUGCACCAUUGUCUUCUAACUCCCCCAGCUUCCAUUAUCCAGCCGAAUGGAUCGGGUAGUCAAAAACUCUCAGACCACACCGAUUAUAGAACCUUUCGUCGAACAGAUACUUCCUUCCGACACUUCCUUUAUCAAGGCGAAAAUCACUUCAUUUUUUCAAUAUUAAAAUUUGCACUUUUCGAAGACUGAAAAUCCUGCACGUCACCUCAGGUCAACCGCCUACCAUGAUCUCCGCGGCGGGAGCAAAAGUCAAGAUGUCUACCAAAGUGGUUGUUGAGAAAAUAGUGUUUGGUUUGGCGCGUGAGUACGGAAUAGCGGAACGCCAGCGGAACGCUUGGAAAAAGUAAAUUAAAAAGGGCGCGUGGGUCCGUGUGUUGGGAAAGUUAGACGUGCAGGUGUAUGGGAAGAAUUAAAACAGGCAAAAAAAACUAUUUGAAAAAGUUGAUUCGGGGAAACGGAAUAAUACCACGUUUAGAGCACCGCUGACAAAUUUGAUUACGGGAUACGAAAGCGAGUUUUGAGGACCACUGGGACAUUGUUUUUCGACCAUAGAAGAAAUGCGUGUUUUGAGGACCGCAAAAAUGAGCGUGUUUUGAGGACCGCAGAAAUUAGCGCGUUUUGAGGACCGCAGAAAUAGCGUGUUUUGAGGACCGCUGAAAAUAGCGUGUUUUGAGGACCGCAAAAAUGAGCGUGUUUUGAGGACCGCAGAAAUUAGCGUGUUUUGAGGACCGCAGAAAUUAGCGUGUUUUGAGGACCGAAGAAAAUAGCGUGUUUUAAGUACGGAUUUGAAGAACGUUACAUUAUUUAACUUAAAGAAUUCCACGGAAGAGAAGCAUGUUUAAGGACGCUGGAAGUUGUUGAUUUAUUAAAACAAGAUAAACGUAUUUUUUCCAAGAAUGGGCAAUCAAUUACGCGAAAGUUGAAACAUAUUUUCAAGAACUUCUAAUGUUGCUACAAGUCGGAAAUAGUUGAUAGUACAUCUUGACGUUGCACACGCCAGCGUGGUUAGAAUAAUAUGAAUACGUGAAUUUAAUUAGUAUUGCUUUAUUGUUACUCUCAGAUUUUCUGGAAUUCGAUUGCCAAAAUUAAGAUGUCUACACCGGGAAAGUAUGUGCGUGCUCCGUCGAUUUCCUCUGACGACGACACCGAUGAACUAGCUAGUGCGGAAGGUAUAAGCGGGUUGUAUGUACGUGCUUGCCCUGGACCCAUCAUCGAAGAACGACAGUCCGAAGAAUCUCGUAAUCUGGAUGCACCGGAUAACCAACUGGAACUGGCAAACAAGUUGAAGGAACUUGAAAGCGUCAUCCAAGUACUGCGUAAUCGUAAUGAUAGUCAUCCAGGAAAUUCGUCGACCGUUCUGGCCAGCGCACCGCGUGGAUCAUCUGAUAUUACUGCUACUGAAGGCAAUAUCCGUUGGGACAGCAUCACCCCAUUCCCCAAAAACGUACCAGCCUCCAAAAUGUGGGAGGCAUGGAUGUGCUUCAUCGAAGACUUUGAACUAGCAUCAUCGCUAUCGAAUGUGAAAAAUCCAAAACGACGUGUUGAGUUGCUUCUGUUGUCCAUGGGCGAGGAGCUAAAAGGCGUCGUUCGGGCCGCCAAGCUGCGCCCAGAUCCGGACAGUGACAAUUGCUACGAGAUCUUCAAGAACAACAUUGAUCGCUACUUGAAGUCCAUGACUGACCCAGCUGCGGAGCAUGAGAGCUUUCUAAACAUGCGUCAGGAAGAUGGAGAAUCCGCUGUUAAUUUCCAUGCAAGACUGUCAAGAAAGGUGCAGCUCUGCGGCUACAGCCCCGACGACCAGGACCGCUUCGUUAGGACUCAGCUUCUAAGGGGGCUCCGUAAUCAGGAACUCAAGAAAGCUGCGAGGAUGUACGGUCACGACUCAAACUUCAUCGUACAGUCGGCCACUCGAGCCGAGGGAUUCCAGGCUGAAGUUACGCCAUCGGCAACGGAAUCCAGCACGUUCAUAGUCAGCGCCGGCCAGUAUCGUGGUUCUCAGGACCGAUUCAAACGCAAAGCAGAACAGCAAGAAAAGCGGUUUGGUAAUUCAUCCAAGAGGUUCCGUCCGAACAGAACGGUAGCUGAUGGAGGCAGAGCACAUCCUCGUGUGGAAAUGACUCGUCGGAACAGAUGUCCAAGAUGUUUCCGUUCGUCUCAUAUGGGUUCUGAGUGUCCAGCGAAGUGGAGGAACUGCAAUUCUUGCGGUGCGGUUGGACAUUUUGCGGUGGCGUGUCGCGGUCAUCGUGUGAACGUGGUCAAAGAUGAGGAGGUCUCAACUCGUGCAGCCAUCGAGGAUUCCAAGGAUCAGCAAAUCAAUGCCCUUUCGCUCCAAGAUGUACUGAUUGAUUGCCGCGUCGGUUCAUCUAAUCCGAUCAAGUUCCUGAUAGAUUCGGGUGCAGACGUAAACGUCCUGGGUGGAGCGGAUUGGGACAACUUGGAACAGCAGCUGAGGGCAUGUAAGGUUGAACUUAUCCCACUGGAAAGGACCAUCAAUCGGAAUUUGCAAGCGUACGCUUCCAACAAACCAAUGGAAGUCGAACACGCUUUUACAGCUACUGUCGAAGCAGUUGGCGGUACAAAACCACCUGUUACCGCUGAUUUUCUUGUGGUGAGAGCAGGCAAGCGAUCCUUGCUUGGAAGGGUAACAGCCAGCGACAUGGGACUUCUAAAGGUUGGAGAAACGAUCAAUACUUGCGAAUCUGGGAUAUUUCCAAAAAUGCCCGGAGUGAAGGUGAAGUUUAGUGUUGAUGAUUCAAUACCCCCAGUACGCAACGCGUAUUAUAACAUUCCUGCCGCAUACCGCGAGGGCGCACGACGAAGACUUGAGGAAAUGGAGGCACGGGGAAUAAUCGAGAGGGUAACGCAAGCUCCUCAAUGGAUAAGUGGCAUGUCUGCCGUUCCAAAGGGGAAAGAGGACUUCCGUUUGGUGGUAAACAUGCGGCCCCCGAACAAAGCCAUCAAACGGGAGCACUUCAGAAUGCCAUCGAUCGAUGAAAUGAGAAUUAAACUACACGGUGCCAAAUAUUUUUCUAAGUUGGACCUCUCCAAUGCGUUUUACCACAUCGAGUUGAAUGAGGAAUCGCGAGAACUCACGACGUUCCUUUCGGAAAAUGGAAUGUUCCGCUUCACCCGCCUAAUGUUCGGUGUCAAUUGCGCACCGGAGAUAUUCCAGCGAGAAAUGACGCGUAUUCUCAAAGAUGUCAAGAAUAAAAUAGUAUUCAUUGAUGACAUACUCCUGUUCGCCGGGACGAUUGAAGAAUUGAGAAAGACAGUCUCGCAAGUCUUACAAAUCUUGCGGUCGAAUAACCUCUCGUUAAAUACCGAUAAAUGCGAAUUUGAUCGAACAAACAUCAGAUUUCUGGGGCAUGAGCUGAAUGAGAAGGGAUUCAACAUAGAGGAAUCGAAAGUUGGUGAUGUUCGGAAAUUCCGGCGACCGACCACCGCCUCGGAACUAAGAAGUUUCCUUGGGUUGGCUUCAUUCGUGAGCCCAUACAUAAACAAUUUUGCGGACAUUUCUAGUCCAUUGUGGAUGGUAGCAUCAUCACAAAAAUGGAGCUGGGGAGAAGACCAGGAGAAAGCUUUUGAGCUUAUCAAAAACCGGAUUAUCCACUCAACGGUUACUCUCGGAUACUUUUCUGAAUGCGAUCGGACAUACCUGUACACGGACGCCUCUCCCCGUGCGCUAGGAGCAGUAUUGGUGCAACAGAAUGAAGACGGGAUUUAUCGAAUCAUUAGUUUCGCUUCCAAGUCGUUGACUACUACGGAAAGGAAAUAUGCCCAGAACCAACGCGAGGCCUUGAGUGCCGUGUGGGCAGUGGAGCACUUCUCCUACUUUUUGUUGGGAAGGCACUUCGUUCUCCGCACGGACGCUCAAGGAAUGGCCUUCAUCUUCAGAAGAACACGCGAGGAUUCAAAAAGGGCUCUGACUAGAGCCGAUGGCUGGGCUUUGCGCCUAAGCCCGUAUGAUUACGACAUCGAGUACAUCCGGGGCCACGAAAACAUCGCCGAUCCCUCAUCACGCCUAUACGACGGGGAGGAUGGGGCUUUUAACGAGGAAGUAAGUCCCUGGGAAAUAUGUAGCUUGAACUCCCAAUCCGUCGACUUCCUUACUGAAGAAGAAAUACGAGAAUCAACGAAGAACGAUGAUACUCUUCUUUUGGUGAUUUCAUCGUUGGACACCGGCAAGUGGUCAAAAGAUCUAGCGAGAUUCAAAGCUGUUGCAGAAGACUUGCGAUACACGGACGGGAUCGUAAGUAAAAACGGUUGUGCGGUAAUACCUGAAGGUCUUCAGAAGAAGGCGCUGGAGAUAGCACACGCAGGUCAUCCGUUGGAAGCCAAAUUCAAAAGCAUUCUAAGGAGUCGCGUUUGGUGGCCGGGGAUGUCCGGCGACGCUGAGAAGUGGGUCAAAGCGUGCGCCACUUGCGCUGUGAAUGGAAGGCCGGAAAGGCCACCUCCCAUGCAGAGAUCAUUUGCACCCAAAGCUGCUUGGGAGACUAUUGCGCUUGAUUUCAAUGGGCCAUACUUAAAAUUUGGCAACAUAACAAUUCUAGUAAUAAUUGAUCUGAGGUCCAGGUACGCAAUUGCGCGCCCAGUCAAAUCAACUAAAUUUGAGUACACAAAAGAAGUCUUGGAUUCCGUUUUCGAGAAAGAAGGGUUCCCACGAGCCAUAAAAUCGGACAAUGGUCCACCAUUCAAUGGGGAGGACUAUGCACGUUAUUGCUCAGAACGUGGAAUCCAGGUCAUAUUUUCCACUCCCUUCUAUCCACAGCAAAAUGGCUUGGUGGAAGGGUUUAUGAAAAUCGUAAAUAAGGCAAUGUGCACUGCAGUGUCAACAGGCGCAAACUACCAAAGGGAACUGCAGUCCGCAGUCCAAGCAUAUAAUGCAGCAGACCACUCAAUUACAAAGGUUUCACCCGAGGAAGCGUUAUCAGGGCGCAAAAUUAAGCGUGGUUUGCCGCUUCUUCACUACGGGAAAUCCAAUCACAACGAAGUGGAGCUGGAUGUUCGAGAUCGUGAAGCAAAGUUACUUUCAAAAUCGCGAGAAGAUGCUCGACGGGGAGCCAGAGCAUGCAAAGUUAAGCCAGGCGAUACUGUAAUCGUCGAACGUCAAACGAGAUCGAAAGGCGAAAGUAGGUUUGGCUCGAAGCGGUAUGUGGUCUCUGACGAACGUAACGGCAGUCUAGUCCUCUGCGAUUCCGAAGGCCAAAAGCUUAAGCGUCACGUAUCACAGACGAAAAAGGUCCAGGAAUGGCGACAGCAGCAAUCAACGGGCGAGCAGGAUCAUAAUCCAGAGCUUCCUCCCGAUGGUGGUCGAGAACAGCGUCCAGCGCGUGAGAAAAGGACCCCCUCCUAUCUCUCCGAUUACAUCCGGGAGCUCGAGCAGAAUCCAAAGUCCUAGAAGAGGAAUAGUUGGAAGGGAAUAAAUGAUUUAUUUUUUUUCUUUCAAUGUUUCAUCGACCUUUUAUACUUACAAUAAAUAUGUUUGUU